GUCACGUCACCAGCCGGCGAGGGAGCGCUCUGAGGAUGCUCCACCAAGCUGGGAGGGUGCACACUCACUGGGAGUUUAUGCUGAGAUACCAGCCUUUGUCGGCAGUGCCCUAAGAACAGGGAGUCCUCUGCAGAGAGCUUUUCCGCACCUCACUGCUGCUCCAUUCUCCUGCUCUGCAGCCAUGAAUUAUCUGCGACGGCGUCUCUCAGACAGCACUUUCAUCUCAAACCUGCCCAAUGGCUACAUGACAGACCUUCAGAGGCCUGACCCCACUCAGCCUCCACCACCUGCCUCCACCGCGCCUGCUAAGUCCCCCACAGCAGGGCCUACACCUCCCGCCACGUCCCCUGUUCCAGAGAGGAAAGCUCAGCCGGCGCAGUCCACCGGAUCUGGUUUCUUCAGCUCCAUCACCAACGUUGUCAAGCAGACGGCUGCCUCAGCAGGGCUAGUGGAGCAAACCUCAGUCACGACACCCAAGAAGUUCAAGACUCUCCUGGUCAUCGACGAACCUCAACAAGAGUGGGUAAAGUUAUUCCGGGGGAAGAAAAUAUAUGGAGAUUAUGACAUCAAAGUGGAACAGGCGGAGUUCAGUGAGAUCAACGUCACGGCUCAAGCCAAUGGGACUUGCAAUGUUACCAUGCAGGUUUACAGAAAUGGCAGCAAGGUUGUCAGGUCAUUCAAGCCAGACUUUGUGCUCAUUCGCCAACAUGCCUUCAGUAUGACCCAAAACGAAGAUUUUCGCAACCUUGUAAUCGGUCUGCAGUAUGGAGGCGUUCCAAGCAUCAACUCGCUGGAAUCCAUCUACAACCUGUGUGACAAACCCUGGGCGUUUGCCCAACUCAUCAAUACCCACAGGAAGCUGGGUGCUGACAAGUUCCCACUGAUUGAACAGACUUUUUAUCCAAACUAUAAGGAGAUGGCAAGCAUGCCCUCCUUCCCUGUGGUUAUCAAGAUUGGGCAUGCCCACUCUGGUAUUGGAAAGGUGAAGGUUGAUAAUCACAGUAAGUUCCAGGACAUUGCCAGUGUCGUGGCUCUCACUCAGACAUACACCACUACUGAGCCUCUCAUUGAAUCCAAAUAUGAUAUCAGAAUCCAGAAGAUUGGCGCUGACUACAAAGCCUACAUGAGAACAUCUAUAUCUGGCAACUGGAAGACCAACACUGGGUCGGCGAUGCUGGAACAGGUGGCAAUGACUGACAAAUAUAAGCUUUGGGUUGACACUUGCUCAGAGAUUUUCGGGGGUCUGGAUAUUUGUGCAGUCAAGGCCAUCCAUGGGAAGGAUGGAAGAGAUUACAUCACAGAGGUGGUGGGCUCAUCCAUGCCCCUGGUGGGGGAUCACCAGGCCGAGGACAGGCAGCUCAUCUCUGACAUGGUGGUGGCUAAAAUGAACCAGAUAGCGGAGAAGGAUGCAAAUGCCCCCAAGAAACCCAUGACAGUGCAGCCAUCCCAGGGUGUGGGCCCCAAAGGAGAAAUAAUAGGCGAGACCAUGAAGAACGGUGCUGGCCGCCCACCUCAAGGUUGUCUUCAGUACAUCCUCGAUUGCAAUGGCGUGGCCGUCGGUCCGAAACCAGUCCAGGCUAACUGAAUCAGCCAGGAGGAGAAUCAGUGGCGUAUGUUCAGCUUAACACAAGUGUGUGGAUGCUGACAGCUUGGAUCACAACUGGGUGACCGGACCCUCAGCUCACAGCAGCUGAGUGGCUCCCUGGACUGUGUUUUUUAACUCUAUGCAGAGUCCAAAUGUACUGUCUACUUGUUGAUUUGUGUGCUUGUAUCGGUCACCUGUGUUUCAGUAGCUGUGGAUUUUCUUUGGGGCUGCUGUGGAUGAUGUAAGAAGCAGACUGUGCCUACAAUGCGUUCAGUGCCGCUCUGUGCUACCUGUUUGACCAGCUGUGAGCCUUUCAUUUAACCUUAUCGGUUUUAUACUUGGCUGUGUAUCUUUCAAUAGGGUUCAAACAGUGGAAGUUAGUUCUUAAUACGUAUACAAUACUUGGGUGUGGUGGGUAUGGCUGUGGUGAUUAUUUUCAUACAUAUGAUAGAUAUUUAUUUUUGUUUUGCAUGAUUGAUACUAAACAGAGAAGAGGGAUGUAACAUUACUGUUUUAUCUAAAACGUGUUUUUUGUGAUUCAUGCAUUGUAAAUGUGGCAAUGCAUACAUGUAUUCACUACCAACCAUGCAUUAACACCGUGAUCUGCUACUGCCUUCAUUUUAGUCACAAAACAGAUGAUUUAGAGUGCUAACAUGUAAUUAAAAUUUAAGAUGUUAUAUAGAUAGAUACUUUAUUCAUCUCCAAGAGUCAUUGCAGACACAGAUAUAUAUAUAUUAUAUUGUAUGAUUUUGAACCAAAGAUCCAAUAUUGAAAUUAGUAUUUAACCCACAAUGUAAAAAUAUCAGCAAUGCUCUCCUUAAUCCUACAUUUUGCUGUUAGAGCAGCACUCUCAAGAUAGUAGUUUAACCUGUGACCAAUCACAUGCCAGGGAAAUAAUGCUGUAUCAAAUAGGUGUUCUCCAUUUGUCAAAUUUGCCACGAAAUGUCCUUCUGUGACCAUGCACUGGAUAUCAGUGGUGGUGGUGGUGUUGUCAUGACAACCAUACAAGUGCUCUGAGUUUGAGCUUGGACCUGUUACUGCUGUUCAGAGACUGAACACACAAAGAUAACACACUCCUCCUGUGAAUAGAUGGAAAGUGCAAUAUUUUAUUUUCUACUAUUACAUAUUUCAUUUGAAGUCAGCUCUUCCAUGAAAUUGAUUCAAAUAGCUAUAGUCAACCAUUUUCACACAAGAGUCACAAUCGGUUGUUUCUUGUCUUGUGGCUGUUUGGGCUACAUCGUGAUGCAACUGACAUAGCAACCAAGUCAUCUGUAAAAAAACAACAACUUUGCACCUAGAUCUACCUUGAUAGAAAAUCUGUUCUGCAAGCUGUGUGUGUAAUGGUUUUCCAAGUGUAUCUGUGAGUGUAUCUGUGUACAAGCCAUGCCUGAGGCUUUAUGGAUGUGUUGUACCGUUCACUAGGAAAUAUGCCAUGACAUUGAUUUCUAAGGGAGAACACACAAUACCAGAGAGUCUAUCUAUUGAAAGUGGAUGUGUUUUUCUGCCAGAUAAAACCUAUUCAGACCUGAGGAGCGGUAACUAUUAAGGGCCAUGAUAGCUUCAUAUGCUGUUGUACUGUUUCAAUCUUGGUCGGAAUACAAUAUGUUGUGGAAAGAUCCACAAAGGUUAUUUCCCCUCUGUCAAUGGCAAUAAAGCUUCCUUUGCAAUAUACAAUUUA